AUGGAUGAAUUUUUAUUCUGGUGUAUUUAUUUAUUUGUUGCUGGUGUAAUUUUUUUAUGUUUAUUUGGUAAAUACAUUUUCAAAAAAGUCAACAUUGAACAUGGUUGUCAAUGCUCUAAUAAAGGGGAAAAGUGCCAUUACUGUAUCUCAAAUGACAAAUACUUGGAACAGCAACAAAAGGAACGUCAAAGACUUGAAGAGAUAAAAAAUAGAGCAUAUCAACAAAAGAUACAUUAUAAACAACCAAAUCAAUGGCAACUUUAUCAACAGCAACUUUAUCAACAACAACAAGAACGUAUCCUAUUUGAACAACAACAACAACAAUUCUAUCAACAACAACAACAAGAACAAUUAUAUAAGCAGCAACAACAAAGAUUCCAACAACAACAACAACAGUAUCAGCAACAACAGUAUGAGCAGCAACAAAGGCUCCAGCAACAACAAUAUCAUCAACAACAGUAUGAGCAACAACAAAGAUUCCAACAACAACAGUAUCAGCAACAACAACAAAGACUCCAACAGCAACAACAAUAUCAGCAACAACAACCACAACAACAAAAAUAUAGCUCAUCACAAAUGAUUAACGAUGAUUUAGUUCCAAUGGAAAUCGAUUCACCAUUGGUCAAUUCAAGAGGGUUAUCAAAUAUUCAACCUCGUAAUUUAAGUGAAUCACAAAUGGCAGAGAUACGUUUAAAUGAACGUAUACAAUUAUAUGGUUUAAUGAUCAGAAGGGAAAUUCCAGGUGAUGGAAAUUGCCAGAUGCAUUCGCUAUCUGAUCAAAUCUAUGGUGACUUGGACCAUAGUACUUUAAUUAGAAACGUAAUUAUUAAUUGGCUUAGAAUCAAUAGAGGAUUUAAACUUCCCAAUGGUGCCGCCCUAUCAGACUUUGUCUAUGAUGCAAGUUGGGAAGAAUAUUGCAACAAUAUGUCAAAAAAUGGUACAUGGGGUGAUCAUUUAACUUUAGUCGCAGCAGCUGAAAUCUUUAAAACAAAUAUUACAAUUUUAUCAUCAGUUGCAUCCCAAACUGGUUUCUUCAUAGAAAUUAAACCAAAAAUUAAAAGUGACAGUUAUAUUUUAUUAUCCCACAUUUCAGAGUACCAUUACGGCUCAUUAUGCCAAUUGUAA